CUUUUUUACCAGGUUAAUGGAGAUAUGUGUUUGAAGAUAAUUGAAAAUGGGAAACAAAGAGAUGUUGUCAUCCGAGAAGGGGAGAUGUUCCUCCUACCUGCUAGGAUACCUCAUUCUCCUCAGCGAUAUGCAAACACUGUGGGUCUUGUGAUUGAGAGAGAAAGAUUAAAGACAGAAAUUGAUGGGCUCAGAUACUAUGUCGGAGAAUCAACUAAUGUUCUCUUUGAAAAAUGGUUUCACUGCGAAGAUCUCGGCACUCAACUGAUACCAAUAAUUCAAGAGUUUUUCAAUUCAAGACAAUAUCAAACUGGAAAACCAAAUCCAGAUGAACUCCUGAAAGAAACACCUUUCCCACUAAAUUCCACUACUGUUAUGAAGCCAUUUUCCUUCUCAGGCUGGUUAAAUGAUCAUCGUGCUGAAAUAAAGCAGAAGAAAUCCUUGAGUAUGUUUGGAGACAACUUUGAAACAGAGGUUAUAGCUUAUGGACCAGGAACAACUGAGAAAAGUAAAAAGAAUUCAGAUAUUUGGAUAUGGCAGCUGGAGGGCACAUCGACUGUUACCAUGGAUGGUAAAACCCUGACUCUAUCUGCUGGUGACAGCCUGCUUGUCCGUGCCCAAUCAAUGUACACCUGGAAAAGAACAGAAGAAUGCAUUGCGCUCUGCAUUGCUCAGGAUCCAAAACGCAAACAGCCUUAUACCUAG